AGCCGUUAUGAUGCCAGAAAAUGACUGGAAUCGUCUCUAUUAGCAAAGGAGGGAGGAACACACUAGACAUGCAAAAUGGUGGCUACUCCAGCCUCAGCACAUCUACCGCAGGCGGAGGGUUACACUGACAUAUCCCAGAGGUUGGCGGAAAGAAGCGCGGACUGGUUUACGGGAGUUUACCACCAACGUCCACUAACGGUUGUUUGGACUAGAGGACUUCUUCUUCUUCUCUCCCGCCUGAUAUGCCAGUGUUCAUUGGACACCAUGGGGCCAUUCCACACUUCAGGCAUCACAGGGCUCCAGCACACUAUUAACAUGGAUGGCAGGGACGAAUUCACCGAAGACAGUGAAUGCUGCAGCAACAACUCCCAGGAAGUCCAAGAGCAGGAUAGCAUCUCAGAAGACAGUGAUAGUGACCCUGACAACCACGGUGAAGACUCAUCCUCCAACACCUCCACCGACGACCACAUGACCACCAAGAGAUCACAGUGCCGCCUACAAGGAGCGGGAGUCAAGGAGGAGAGCGAGGAAGGGGCAGACCACGGCAACAACUUCAUUUGUCCUCUCUGCACGCUGGAUUUCAGCAGCCCUGAGAAGCUCAUCUCCCAUGUCUACCAGCACACAGCUAUGAUGAGCAACACCAAGAGCUAUGUGUGCCCAGUGUGUGGGCGAGCCCUGAGUUCGCCUGGCUCGCUUGGACGGCAUCUUCUCAUCCACUCCGAGGACCGCCUCUCCAACUGCGCUGUCUGUGGCGCACGCUUUACAGACACCAACAACUUUAACAGGGAGAAGCUUAAAGAUGUCCUCGACACAAGCAGGAUAGAUCUCUCUGGUGGAAGGGACCCCUGUUCCAUGUCCCAUUCCCUCUCCAGCAGCCCCAUGACCAGCCCAGGCCCUGGUAGCUGCUCCUGCCAUGGACCAGGCCCAAGCCCCAGUUCAUGUCAGGGCCCUCACCCCUGUGAAGCAGCGGACCUCAACCCCAACCUAUGUCAAGCCCAUCGAACCUGCCAGGGACCAGGCCACAUAUCGAGCCAGUGUCACGGCCCGGGCCCGGGAUCUGGACCGUGCUCGGGCCCAGGACCAUGCAGAGGUUCAGACCAAGGGCCCUCCUUUCCCUCAUUGCCCGACAGUCUCCUCUCUGAAGGGCCAUCACUCGCAUCCAUCCCCGAUGCUCUUAACUCCUCCUCCUCCAGCCUUCCUCCUAUCCCCGACAUCCUGAGCCCUAUGCCGGUGUAUCCUGCCGGAGUGCUGCUGGUGUGCAACAGCUGCGUGGCCUAUCAGCAGCUAGUGGAGGCCCAGUCACCGUUGCGGAAAUGGGCCCUGCGUAGGAAGAACGAACCCUUGGAGGCCCGCUUGCAGCGUCUAGAACGCGAGCGAACGGCCAAGAAGAACAAGCGGGCGUGCGAGACGGAAGAGGAGAGGGAAAUGAGAAGGCUGCGGGACCGCGAGGCCAAGCGGAUGCAGAGGAUGCAGGAAUCGGACGAGCAGCGGGCGCGCAGGCUGCAGAGGGACAGGGAGGCCAUGCGCUUGAAGAGGGCCAACGAGACGCCGGAGAAGAGGCAGGCCAGGCUGAUCCGCGAGAGGGAGGCGAAGAGGAUCAAACGACGGCUGGAGAAGAUCGACCCUGCUCUGAGGACACAGAUAGAGCACGACCCCGCUGCGAUGGCUGCCCUCACAGCAGACAUGAGUCUCUUCCAGUUCCCCUGCCCAAUGCCUGUCCCUUCCAUCGAUAAUGGACUGUUCAUGAAGCUGCCCUAAUUGGAGCAGGCCACUGGGGGGACGGACCAAUUGGCUUCUAGCAGCUUCAUUAACCUCUGCACUCUGCCAUCAGGCUGCCAGGGUCACAGUGAACCAUUCCUAGCUGGUUCUACUUCCAGCCUUCUGUGUCCAGCGGCUUCACACAAACUGCUAUGUUAAAUACAUUUCUAAUUUAUUCCAGUCUAGAAAACCUUGGGAACAGGGUUGAGAAUGUUUCAUGUCGUAUGGAUGAUGACCUAAAAGCAUGUUGUAAAGAGAUUUAUCUGUUCGUCAGUGGGCUAGCAGAUUUAACACAGUUCAUUCUAGUAGGAGCAGUUAUACUUCCUUUGAGGAAAGAAACAAAUCUUUUUGCACAUGGACCUCCAGUGACAGGAGUGGGGACUUUGUAGCCACAGCCCCCUCCUCUCUGGUCCACUCCGCCAGCCCAGUGACUCGGGUUUACCGGUAGCUACACCUCUCUCUUCAAGCUGCCACCGUGGGUCCCUGGGAAGUUCAUAUUCAGUCAAACUACUACCUCAGCUUGGCGCCGUGGUCACGCUCUCUGUUUUGUGGCUUACUGCGUUUCCAACUCCAAGCUUCCAAAGCUCUAUAUGUUCUGUACACUACUACAGAGGAUGCGGGUUGUUUUCCACGAUUUGUGUUCGCAUUUAUCACUCAGGCACUUUAAUAGGACACAAACAUUCACAGGAGCAGCUGAUUUACAAACAAAUCAGUUCCAAAUGUAUUUCCCAGGUUUGAUUUUAACGCUUCUUAACAGAUAAACUUGUUUUAACCUGUCAAAUGUUCUGUCCUAUUGAACACGCCCAGUGUUGAGCAACAUUCCCCCUCCCCAUCUCCUGAGUUGUACAACUUAAUGCAUUCGCCUCUUUACAUUCUCUUUGCCAAUAUCUGAAUCUCUUUUCUUUUCCCUACAUUGCUACACUCUGAAUAUUUUGCCAAUGUCAUUUCUUUUUUUACUUUGUGUUACAGAACUUUUCUUGGGCUCAUAAAAAAAGUUCAGUCUGUGCUGCUGUUAUUGUACUGUACAAUACAUUAGUUACCUCUUAUAUAUUUUGGGCUCAUCGCAUUAAGGAAUAUUAUGCUAAAAUGUUCCAGUAAGUGGUCACAAUGAAACCGUACAAUAUGUUACUUGUUGACAACAGAAUUUGUCACAUUACUUGAAUUCUGCCCGCAUAUACACAUAUACACACGUUUUCCUCUUUUUGAGUAAAUUACAUCAUAUGAAAGAGGGUUAUUCUUAUAUAGAGGAUCAUACACAGAUAAUGCAAUUUCUGUAGCAUCAACAUGCUUCGUAAAAGCUGCAGUACCUUCAGUAUAUGUAACCUGUGCCACUUAAAUUGGGUUCAUAUGUAUCCCGUCAGCAUAAUUAAUGAAUGAUAUUUAUUGAUUCAUUUGACAGAGGAACUCACCUUAAACACCUGUUUAGACGUGUUUUAUUUUUCAUCCCCAUCCGUUACUGAGCACUGGGGCUAAUAUCAUGACACAUACAGCCCAUACUGGGAGAGAGAUUUUAUUAAUCUAUAUUCAUUAACCUCAUUCCAGCACAUAUUUAUGCAAUAUGAUGUGAAUAUAUUUUUCUUGUGGAAAUGUUUGGGUUAUUUUGUUACCGUCGGUGGUAUAAAAUCGUUUUAAUGUUUAAAUUAGAGGCCAUGUUUGGAUAUCCCUUGUUUAAUUUCCUGCCUGUAAGGUUACCUCCAGUUCUUCUUGACUUCACUUCACCAGAUGCAAACAUUUACAGUGUCAAAUGAGCAGUUUCUGAAAUAUUCUUCAAGGAAUAUCAGAAACAAGGACAAGUACUGGUUCUGUUUGAGUCACUCCUAGAUGAGAGUCAAUCUACCUGGCUGUUUCUUACAGCAAAUUUAACAAAGAAAAGAAAAUAUAGGAAUUUUUUGUUUCAUCCUCAGAGGCUUUUCUAGGAGUGCAUCAAACCUCUAUGCAACAGAUGUGUUAUUUAUUCUAAGGGAAAUUAACUGACUUUUCACUGAAACUAUGCAGAAUGCAACUUUAAUUUAAACAGACUUCAAUGUAAAGAGUUUAGCUUCUCAGGCAAUUUAACUCAGUGAGAGGGCUCAGAGCCUAGUACCAACACCCUGGUCCAUAAGAAUCAUUUAUAGAUCUAUCAUAUGACAGUUUUAGGCAGUUGUGACUUUUCUAGAGACACUUUGUCUUCGGUGAUAUGUUUUCUCUUCCAAGUUGAGCACAUGAAAGCAACAGGGUCUCACUGCCAUCCUAUCCAUGACAUACUGUACCAAGGGCAGAUCAGUGUUCUCGACAAAGUCUUCAGGUGUCAUUUAUUUCUCUCUUCUCUCAGACUAUGAAUACUGGGUAUUCUCAGAGGUUGCUCUUUGAAAUUGCUGUGAUCCCCUUUGCCCUACAGUGGAUUAAUGCGACAGAAAACUGCGGCGUCUGUGGUCUGACAUUCUAUUGCAAAGGAAGUACUCUGAAGUGACGUUGGUCCUUUACCAGCAGUACUUUCGGUAUGGAUUAGGUAAGCACUGCAUGUCGUGAAACUGCACUUGUCCUAGAAUGGUUCAAUAUGAGCUUGUGUUCUACUGUUAGUUUAUGCCUGCCUGUUUUUAUACAGUUUAAUCAAAAGAAAAAUGUUGGUAAAAACGUUGGCCUUUCUAUAUUAAUUCUAUCAGGAUUUCCUCUCAAUGUCCAUGUUUACAAAACAAAUCUCUCUGAUUAAGGCCAAAUGAAUGAGCUAAACUGCUAAUGAGAACAUUCAUGCUUGCUGCGAUUUCAAUGCAUUCUGACUGGGUGGCACUUUGGGGAUGCCAUCCUCUGUUACUGGAUUAACAGAUGUACAGACCGUGAUGAAACCUGGUAAAGAAUGUGGAAAUAAACAUUGACUUUACUAUAA